GUGCAGGCAGACCUAGACGGACCUUUACUUGGUGCCACUGAUGGGAGGAGAUGGGGGGGUUGGAACCUCUUCCAUGAGGGGACACUGCUGCAGGGACACCCUUUCACCGCCGCGGCGCGCCUCCUCGUCUCAGUGAGAGACGGCUUUGAACGCGCCUGCCAAGAUAAACUCACCUCGCCUAUUUAUGCCUCAGCCUCCAAUUUAUGCCCCAACCUCCAAGUGCACUCGGGAAAGGAGGGAGUUGGCGGCGCGCAAGCAGGUUCCCUCUCCGCGCUCACACGCGUGGACACUUUUACGCACCGGGAAUGGCGACUUCGGAGGACUCGGGCAAGAGUCCUUCACUUUUAGCCCCAUUCUGAAGUAGAAAGUGUCAGAGGUCCCAGGUGGAAUGCUGCUCCCAACGCUGAUAACCUUCCUCGCCGCGUGCGCCUUGCUCCUGACGCCGGGCUGCGAGGGCUGCGGGCCGGGUCGAGGCUACGGCAAGAGACGCUCACCCAGGAAGUUGGCACCGCUCGCCUACAAGCAGUUCAGCCCCAACGUGGCGGAGAAGACGCUGGGGGCCAGCGGGAGGUACGAAGGAAAGAUAACGAGGAACUCCGAGCGCUUCAAGGAGCUCACCCCGAACUACAACCCCGACAUCAUCUUUAAGGAUGAGGAGAACACAGGUGCAGACCGCAUGAUGACGCAGCGCUGCAAAGACAAGCUGAACUCUCUGGCCAUCUCCGUGAUGAACCUUUGGCCCGGAGUCCGUCUGCGUGUCACCGAGGGCUGGGACGAGGACGGCCACCACUCUGAGGACUCGCUUCACUACGAAGGUCGGGCGGUGGACAUCACCACCUCGGAUCGGGACAGGAACAAAUACGCCAUGCUGGCUCGACUGGCGGUGGAGGCGGGCUUCGACUGGGUCUACUACGAGUCCAAGGCCCACAUUCAUUGCAGCGUCAAGUCAGACCACUCUGUGGCGGCCAGAUCUGGAGGCUGUUUCCCCGGCGACGCCUUGGUCACCGUGGAAAACGGCCCACCAAAGUUCAUGCGUGACCUACGACCUGGUGAGCGAGUCCUGACCCUAUCUGGCAGCAACAGCGGUGCUGAACUGGCCUACAGCGAGGUCCUGACCUUCCUGGACCGGGACCCGGCGAGCCACAAGUUCUUCUACACAGUGCAGACGGAAGACGGUGCCCGCCUCUCGCUCACCGCCGCGCACUUGCUGUUUGUGUCGCAGGGGAACUGCUCAGAAGCCCACGCCGCCCUGAGGACGGUGUACGCCGCCGCCGCCCGGCCAGGCAUGUGUGUGCUUGUGGCUGGCGUUGGACCAGGGAGGAGGCGUCUUUCGGGGAUCGCUAGGAUCACUGUCACAAAGAAGAGGGGAGCUUUCGCCCCGCUGACGGCGCAGGGAACGCUAGUGGUGGGCGGGGUGGUGACGUCCUGCUAUGCGGUGGUCGACCAGCAUUCCUUGGCUCACUGGGCCUUCUCGCUACUCAGGCUGAUGCACAGCUGGACCGGCACCAGUGGUUACCGUGGCGAUGGGGUCCACUGGUAUGCUGAGCUUUUACACUGGCUGGGGGGGAUUUUGCUGGACUCGGGACAGCUCCACCCACUCGGCAUGACUCCAGCUCUCAGGUGAGGCAAAGAUGAGAAGCCUCUUGGGAGCUCCACCUGCUUUCAGAAUGAAAAACUACAAUUCCAUGAAUGACUUUCAUUUUCCUGGAACACAUGGGGGGGGCCCACUGGUCGUAUAUAAACAUGUCGACUACUUGUACAGUAGCCUCUCAGCUUCUAAAGGGGGGGUGUUCUUGGCCUUUAUUGGUACCGAUACAAAGCUCCAAGCAACGUUAAAUGGCCCCUGGACACAACUCAGGGUUCAUUUCCUGUUGCAACUGGGUGGCGCUGAGACAUACACAGGAAGUGACCUACUGUAUGUAUGGCUUUGAAUGUUUUCUUCAUCCACCAACUAUGAUGAAGAUCUAUCCUUGUGGAAUGAGUUAUUCAUUUUUAAUGGCGAAUUCGCUGAUUCAUCAUCAAAAUGUGUCGCCAUGCCCCACCCACAUCUUACAGAACAGCCUACAAUGGUUCUCGAUAUAACCCGAUCACCCGUCCGUCUCGUAUCUGUCAUUUUCAUUUGUGCUCAUUUGGUCAAAGUGCCAAGGACUAGUUUGUUGAAAUGCAACCACUUGUUUUCGCCCUGCAAUCACCGCCCGAAACCAAAAUGGCCGACUUCUUGUUUAUUUUGGAGUUCUUAGGACAUUUAUGUGCGUCCUGUCAUGAUCGACAUCUCCACCAAAGGUGAUAUGGGUCUGUGAAAAUGGUGGCAGGGUCUAUUUAACAAAAAAAAUGAAAGGAGGCGCUACCCAGUGAGUUUUGGGGGCUCAUGUUUGUGAUAUGCAUUUUUGAGAUUUCAGGCCCUCAAAAAUGCGAUUAAAUCGGUAUAAUAAUAUUAUUUAUUAUAUAUUAUAACAAUAAAUAAAUAACAAUAUAAAUAACAAUAAAUAAACUAAUAAUUUAGUAAAAAAAACAACAAAACUGGGCUUCAAAUGUACAAAUAUAUGACAAAUAAGGGCUGCACGGCGGACGAGUGGUUAGCACGCAGAGACGAGACCCGAGUUCAAUCCCACCCUCGGCCAUCUCUAUGUGGAGUUUGCAUGUUCUCCCAGUGCAUGCGUGGGUUUUCUCCGGGUACUCCGUUUUCCUCCCACAUUCCAAAUAUAUGACAAUAUAAGGGCUGCACGGUGGAAGAGUGGUUAGCACGCAGGCCUCACAGCUAGGUUAUGCCGGAUAAUAACAUACCAUCUAUUACCAAAUUCCCAAUUCAACAAUCCGACAGGAAGCUGAAAUCAAACCAAAACGUGUUCAUCAUUACAAAAAACAACCUUUGAUCAUCCUCCUUAAAAUGGCCUCCACUUUAAUAAUAGGCUUUGUCGCCGUUAAAUAUAUUUUAUCAACUGACAAAUAUCAAAAGUGUGGACACCCCUGCUGUAGAACAAGAGGUCAUUUUCAAAAUGUCUUAAGCAAAAGUGAGCUCUUACUAAAUAAGAUGACUUGCACACUCUUUUUUUUAAUCUUUGUAACAUAAAAAUUAUUUUAUAGCACAAAUUUACAUAUUUAAGCGUUUUUUGCUGAGAGAAUGUAAACAUGAAGUUGUAUUUAUUUUUUUAAA